AUGAUUUAUUGGCAAUUAAAUACUUUUUCACGCGUAUCUAAUUUUAAUUAUGCAAUAAGAAAGUGUAAUUCCAAAGAAUUAAAUAAAGGAACAUUCGUAGCUAAAAAUUUAUUUGUCAAAUGGAAAUUAAAACGCACUAUCGAAAAUUCUUUUUAUUCUUUAAUACGAAAUAACAGUACAAAUAACGGUAAAAAUAACAAUAUAAAUAAUAGUAUAAAUGACAGUACAAAUAAUAGUACAAAUAAUACAAAAAAUGAAGAUAUAAUAAAUCAAGAUAUAGAAAAUCAAGAUUGUAAUAUCGAAGAAAUAGAAGAGAUAGAAGAGUCUCAUAAUUCAUCUUGGACCAAAUCUUUUCGUAAUGUAUUACAAACUUCUACAAAUAUUAAUAAAAUAUGGAAUGAAUAUAAGUUACUUGUAAAAAAUGGGAAUUUGAAAGGUACUGAUAAAAAAUUUAUUAAUAGAUUGCUUCAUUCAAUCAAAAAAUUUGAUAAGAAUCGUUUUAGUCGUUUAGAAAAAAUUCUUAUAAUUUAUAAUGACAUGAAAAAAGAAAAUAUGACAAUAGGACAAACAGUUCGUAAUUAUCUGAUUGAAACAUAUUUAGAAAAUAAUUAUAUAAGUAAAGCAAGAAUAAUUUUUAAUGAAAUUCGAAAUAUGGAAGGACCAUUAGGUGUACCAUUUUCCACUUGUCCUUAUCAUGGAAGAAAUGAUCUUUCAGAUGUUAUUGAAAUAUUCUCUUUAAUGCAUCAAAAACAAAUAGAACCUAAUGGAGAAACAAAAAUUAUUUUAACAGAUAUUUUUAAAUUUCAUAUUGAUCAUGCAAUAGCAAUUCAAUGGUUUAAUGAAUUAAUGGAAAAGAAACUUGUAAAUUCCGAAAUUGUGAAAGAAAUAGUACUUGAAUUAUUAAGAAGAAAUAAAUUUAAUGAAGCCAUAAAAAUAUAUGAAAAAAUGAGAUCACUUGAUAUGAUUCCAAUUCCUUAUAUUUAUAAUUCAUUAAUUCAUAAUCUUGGAAAACAAGAAAAUAUUGAUAAAGCAUUGGAAUUAGCUAAAGAAAUGGAAUCAUUAAAAAUUCCUUUUGAUACAGUGACAUAUAAUGUAUUGAUAAAAACUUAUGGUCUUGCAGAAAAUCAUGAAAAGACAAAAGAACUUUUUGAAGAAAUGAUUUCAAAAAAUGAAACAAAACCAAAUAUUAGAACAUUUAAAGUUAUAUUAAGUACAUAUGCGAAAUUAGGGAAAGUCAAUUCAGCACUUCGAGCAUUACAAAAAAUGAGUACACUUGGAUUAAAACCUGAAUCAACUAUUUAUACUGCAUUAAUUGAACUUUUUGCUAAAGUAAAUGAUACAAAAUCUAUGGAAAGAGUUUUUAGUAAUAUGAUAAUGGAUAAAAUUAAUCCUCUUGAUAUAACUUAUAAUAUAUUAAUAUUUGGUUAUUGUCGUGAAAAUGAUAUUUAUAAAGCAUUUCAAAUUUGUCGUAUAUUAAUUACAUCUGGUAUAGAACCAGAUGUUCGAAUAUAUAAUGCUUUAAUUUCACUUCUUGCUGAAAGAAAAGAUCCAAUUAGUUCAUUAAUAUUAUUUAAUGAGAUGCGUACUUAUGGUAUUAAACCUGAUGUAUACACAUUUACAAAUUUAAUACAUGCUUAUACAAAAGGUGAUGAUAUACGUAAAGCAGAAGAAAUUUUUAUGGAUAUGGAAAUUACAGGAAUAAAACCAAAAACUUUUACUUAUAACGUUUUAUUAAAUGCCUACGUAGAAAAGUUAGAUAUGAAACGUGCACAAAAUUUAUAUAAUGAAAUGUUAGAAUCUUUAAUACUUCCUGACCUUUAUACAUUUUGUUGUUUAAUAGAUGGAUUUUGUAAAAUAGGACAAUUAUCAAUUGCUACAUCAAUUUUUAAACAUAUGCAAAAUAAUUAUAAAUUAGAUCCUGAUGCACAUAUUUAUACCGUACUUAUACAUCAUUAUUUACAACAAGGUGAUUUUAAGACAGCAAAAACACUUUAUGAAACAAUGAUUAAAAAUCGUAUAAAACCUACAUAUGUAACUUAUGCAGUAUUAAUUCAUGGACAUGCUAGAUAUGGAGAUUUAGAAUUCGCUAGAAGACUUAUCACAGAAUUAAUUAAUCAAAGUAAAUCUUUGAAUGAAAAUUUGGGAGAAAGAAAUGAAAUACCUCCAACUAUAUUUACACCUCUCAUGGAUGCAUAUGCAAAAUUAGGACAAAUUGAUUCAGCAAGAGCAAUAUUUGAUGAAAUGACAACAUUAGGAAUUUCUCAUAAUGCAUACGCUUAUGUUAUUCUUAUGGAUGCAUAUCGUCGUAUUCAUAAUUAUGAAGCUGUAUGGCAAUUAUGGAAAAGUUUACUUUCUGUUGUAAUUGAUGCUCUCACAGAAAUUGAACGAUAUGAUUUAAUUCAAGAAGAAUGGGAAAAACUUAAACAGGAAGGUUUUGAAUUUGAUUCUCAUAAUUUAAAUCAUUAUGCACAAAGUUUUAUAUUAUCUGGUAAAAUCAAAGAAGCCUGUUCUAUUAUAGAUAAAAAUUUAAUGGAAGGAUGGUAUCAACAAUUAGAAAUAUGGAAACAUUUUGAUCGUAAACAAUCCAUAAUAUCAAUUAAAGAACAAAAAAGACUUUUAAGUCUUAUUGAUAAAUUUCCACAUCAAAAAACAUUAUUAAUGUUAGCCGAUGCAAUGGAAAAAAUGAAAAAUCAAGAUUGGUUAAAAAUGCAUGAUAUAACAAAAACACCGGCAUCUAUAGUAUUAGUAAAUGAAGUUGAAGAAGAAUUUCCGGAAGAAUAUAUGUCUUUUGUUCAACCAUGGUACCUUCGGUUUCAUGCCGGUCAUUUGAGAACAAAUCGCUCUGAGGCUAAAUUCAUCUCCCGAUUUUACUCGAGUGGUUUUGAUAAUAUUAAAUCCAAUAAUCCUUGGAAAGAAUGUAAUAUUCAUCUUCUCCAAAAAAAUAAAAUUCCUAUUAUUAGAAGAAAAAGUGGAGGUGGAACUGUUUUUCAAGAUCUCGAUAACUCCAAUUACACCUUAAUCACGCCACGUCAAAAUUUUACUCGAAGAUACGCAGCAGAAUUAGUGGCUAAUACUUUGAAAAAAAGAUUUAAUAUAAAUGCUUACGUUAAUAAGCGUUAUGAUAUUGAGAUCGAAGGACCUUACCAUCACGGUACGAUGCUCAUCGAUACAGAUUUAAAUCAAAUUAAGGAUUACUUGAAAGUUAAAAAGGAUAAUUUAAUCUCUAAAGGAGUAAAAUCUGUUCCAUCGCCCGUAGUGAAUCUUCGAAAAUAUUCUUCUACUGUAAAUCAUUAUUCUUUUUGUAAUGCUGUCUGGGAAGAAUUUAAAGAAUCUUAUAAUGAUCCCAUUGAUAAUCCCAUCAAUAAUCCCAUAUGUGAAGAACGUAGAGAUGAAAUACAUCCUAUUUACGUUGAUGAAAAUAUGAUUGCUGAAAUUCCAAAAAUUGCUAAGUAUCGCGAAGAACUCGAGUCUUGGAAUUGGACUUUAGGUCAAACUCCAGAAUUUACCAACGAGUUUGAAAAAAAUUUUUCAUGGGCAUUUUUCGAAUCUAAAAAUGGAAUAAUAACAAAAGUCUCUUUAACUGCAUCAAAUGUGUCAAAUAUUGAAUAUAAAAACUUGGUGACACUUUUGGAGAAUUCCUUGAAAGGAAAUAAAUAUGAAUUAUCUCAAGCUAUAUUUGAUAAUAUAAUUACUUCAUCAAAUAACGAACAUCAUAAAAUAAUCGAAGAUUUAGGCGAAUGGAUAAUAGAAUCUUUAUAA